AUGCCUUGUCUUAUUUAUAACGUUACUCUGACUGGCCAAUUUAUCACCAAAUUGACUUCUCCUCAUGGUGGCUGCUGGCGUUUCGGUUACUCUUCAGACGGACUUCUUACUCGUCUUUUAGAGCCCUCAGAUACUGGCUUAGCCAACGGACUUGACCUCUGCUCUGAAUCGAGUUCCGAUCAAAAUGAGGCUGGUCUGGAUCUAGCAAUCUUGGCUGGUGGCGAUCAAUCUGCAGGCGAUUUAAAUGACCUGUCUGUUCCAGCAGGUGGCCGCCGAUCAAUUUUCGGGGUUGUCUCAUCCUCAAACACCGUCUCCACAAGUGGUAGCGGUGGUUCCGAGACAGAUAUUGGCCUUAUCGGACUAGCAGGGCUUGGGCGAACAUUUGUGUAUUCUCGGGAGUCCGGCCGCCUAAUACGUGUGAUAGCUGGCUCAACGGGCCGUCAGCUCAGCUUAGUGGGGCGGAAUAAUGCUUUGGCUCCUUGGUGGAGGAAAGCUUCUGCUCAUGCUCCUGUUGUUUCGGACAAAACCAGGCGUGUACGGGUAUCUGGCCAGGAGGUACAUAUCGCUUCUGGCAGGCAUUCAUUGAAGGUCCGGUCACUCACUUUUCAGCGUGCUUACCAUCCUUCGUUAGGUAGCGAUCACCCGGUUAGCUCAACUUGGACCUAUCAUCUUACUGGCGACGAUAAUGUCUUUGGCUCACCCGAUCACCUCACUCGCUCGCGCCGAAUGGCUCAGACUCCCAGAACCUGGCUGUCUCGUAACUUAUUGGUAAGGGGCGUCAGAUCUCCAUAUGUCCAGGGUUCUCCCUCUUUAGUUGCUCAGACCAGUGCAGAAAUGGGUGACCACUCGAUUCUAAGUGAGCUGGAUUGGCGGUACAGGAGCACUCUUUGGACUUUUGGUUGA